UCUGACUUGACGCACCAGAGACCUGACAGCAGCCGCUCCGGUCUGUCUGCGCGGAGACACCCUGCGCUGCUCCGGCCUGCAGGCAGCCGCUCCGCCCGCAACCAGGAAGCUCACUGGAGCCGCACGUCUCCUCCGAGUUUGGACGAUGGUCGCCGGCAGGAGUUUCUGCUGAGCCCCGACAGCGCACAGACAAAGAGACAGCCAGGGGGGGUUCGCUGUGAAUUCAACGGGGCCACACAGGACGGCGACGCCACGUACUGAGUCAAGACAACAACCAAACCGAGUUGCAGCCGGCAGCCGAGCGGUGGAGUCGAUGUGAGCCCGGCGAUGAUCAACUUGGUGGAAAGUUGGGAGAGACGGCGCGUCAAAGGAAAAGAUUCACGGAAAGUGAUGUUUUUUGGAGAAGAGUUUGGUGUAAAGGCAGAUAAACGGUAGUGAAAAUGUGCGAAGUGGCCAUGGAGGAGCGGGAGAGGGAGAUCUCGGACAUGGAGCGGUGCUCCUCGGUGGCGGAGAACGGGGUCAUGCUGGUGGUGAACCACAGCCACGUCCACGCUCCGCUCAGCGUCGUGCUGGCCACCGUCCUCUACUGCGCGGAGUUCAUCACCGCCGCCGUGCUCAGCAGCAUGUACCACAAGACCGACGAUGUCAUCUGGAUGGGCCUCACCAUCACCUUCAUGCUGGUGCCGGCGGUGCUCAUCCAGCUCACCCUGACCUUCAUCCACAGAGACCUGGGCAGGGACCGGCCUCUGGUGCUCUUCCUGCACCUGCUGUUGCUGGGGCCGGUCAUCAGGUGUUUCGAGGCCCUGGUGGUCUAUUUCAAGGCAGGUAAAAAGGAAGAGCCUUACGUCACUAUCUCCAGAAAGAUCAGCCUGAAGAAGGGACAGGGGACGCCCAUGGAGUGGGAAAUCGGCCAGUCGGAGCGCAUCCUGGCCAUGCACAGGAACGCCUUCAAACGCACCGCCGUCAUCCAGGCCUUUCUGGGCUCCACGCCUCAACUGACGCUGCAGCUGUACGCCACCAUCCAGGAGAAAUACAUCCUGCCCAUAAGAUUGGCUCUGAUGAUCAUCACCCUGAUCUCCAUCACAUACGGGGCUCUGGUGUGCAGCGUUCUGGCCAUCCAGAUCAGAUAUGACGACUACAAGGUGCGGUUGCGCCCCGUGGCGUACCUCUGCAUGAUAGUGUGGAGAGGUUUGGAGAUCGCCACCCGGGUCACGGCUCUGGUCCUCUUCAGCACGGCUCUCACUCACUGGGUGAUCCUCGUUGGCAUCAUUAACCUGCUGUUCUUCUUCUUCCUCCCCUGGGGUGAAUUCUGGGCCAGGAAAGGCUCGUUAACUGAGAACGUUGAGAAGAACUUCUCUAAGCUGGGCACCACCGUGGUGCUGUGCAUGUUCACGUUGCUGUACGCCUGCAUCAACGUCUUCUGCUGGUCGGCGGUGCAGCUCGACUUCACCCAUCGAGAACUCAUCGACAAGAAGCAGCGCUGGGACCGCCUGGCCAUGUACUACAGCGGGCGCUUCCUGGAGAACUUCCUCCUCAUCACACUCUGGUACUUCUUCAAGUCAGACUUCUACGAGUACGUGUGCGCCCCCAUGCUGGUCGUCCAGCUGCUGAUCUGCUACAGCCUGGCCGUGAUCUUCAUGCUGCUCUUCUACCAGUUCUGCCACCCUUGCAGGCGCCUCUUCAAGUACAACGUCCACGACUGCCUGCACUGCGUCUGCUGCCGUAAAGGGAAGCGCGGCGGAGAGAGCGGCAGGCGGGGGAAUCUGCCGCCCUCGUACUCCACCGCUGCCACCAUGGUGCUGGCGCCGGAGGAGCCGCUACAGCUGCUGGACCCUCACAACUCACAACCUGUCGACCUCACCGGUCAGCCAGGAGAGCGAGAGACGGACAUCGUUGAUGAGAUAAUGGAAGCAGCCUGAGAAAAGCCUCGUGAGGAAUUUAGUGUAUAAACUGGUGCAGAAAUGCAUCUUGGGAAUAGCUAGUCAUGGUGCUGGUGCUUCCUCUGAAUGAGGCUUUGGGUAGUGAAACACAAAAAAACAACAGGUUUUUGUGUUUUAGUCUCAGUGAAGACGAUGUGUUAGAGAACAAAUGUUUGCCUUUUUUCUUCUAAGUGCACAAAACUUUACUCAUUUAUGGCUCUGAGAGGGAUUCAGGCUAACUACUGAUGUCUUUAUCGAGGGUGAUUGCAUACACUUGGGGCACCACGAGGCCCCGGUAUACCAAAGAAUGUAGCACGUCGAGAUAUGCAGCAAUGCACAAAGGCCGCUGUUGAGAGAGCAGCACUGAGCCAGGUGUGGGGGAGAUGUGCCAAGAGUGUCUGAAGUGACCGAAACACUGACCAGGACACCCAACCUCCCAGUUUACGUCCUCUCUGGGUUUUCUCACUGCGAAAGCCCCUUGUUGCACACAUUUCCAUCUGCACUAAACUUUAAAUAAAAAAAAACACUGUAGGCAAGAAAAGGUCAGAAAAAAAGAAGAUUAAUUUAUCUUCCUCAUACCCAGCGGCUGUGAUGAAUGCCUUGUGUUGUUCACUGUCAGAUCUGGUUGCCUUGGUUUAAAAAAAACAAAAAAACAACAGGUUUUAGUGUUGUGGGGGGAAAAAAGAAACACCAAUAGGUGAUGAGAAUACUGUGGAAAAACGGCUUCUGCGGAUCAUAUUCGUGUGUCCUCUGUGACUUACAGGUAAUUCAGAAUUAAUCUUACAUUCGAUGCUGCGUUAACAAGACUGACACUGAAUGAGCUUCUUCUUUAUUAAAGUGCUUUUGCUUUUUUUUUUUAAUGUUUCAUGCUGUUGGUUGAUACACUGCCUUGACUACUGUUGUAUUACUUGAACAAUAAAUAAAACAAUGUCAAAAUA